CGCUCUUCCACAGCUGAGGAUGCUCAGGCUUGCCCGAUGCUAGCCCGUUAGCUUGGCUAGCGUUGUCUGGUAAUGCAGGGAGAGACCUCCGCUUUUAUUUACACCUUUUAAACGAUACCCUUCUUGGGGAAAACACUCAACAAACAAUGGCGGCGUCACAGUGUGUGUGCUCGGCUUUCACAUUCUCUAUCAGUAACCGCUUUUGGUUCGAUGUCAAUGUCAUAUUUUGCAGCUAGAGCUGACCAGUUAGCUUUCCGUCGUCUGCUGUUUUGCUUUACCACAGAAGCCAAGGCCGAACGACAAAGGGGAAGGCUGUAGGGUGGAGAACCGGGGUUUGGACCGUCUCGCUUGUGCUGUCAAUCCCAGUUCAGCCAUGUCUUCAUCAGGAUGCUGCCACCUACCUGGCUCUCUAUGUGAUUACUCGGGGAAUGCCGAAUCCGACUCCUUCAAGGAUUCUGAAGAGUCGGAUUCCACUGCACAGGCCCAGUACAUUGCCAAGGUUACGGCUAAAGAUGGCCGCCCACUCUCCACUAUUGUUAAAGCUGUGAGCCUGCAAAGUGACGUAGGCAUGUGCCGAAUUUGCCAUGAGGGUGGUGGAGGGGAGACCCUGCUCUCGCCGUGCGAAUGCACCGGCACACUUGGGAAAGUGCACAAGAGCUGCUUGGAGAAGUGGCUGUCGUCCUCCAACACCAGCUACUGUGAAUUGUGCCAUACAGAGUUCACCAUUGAGCGGAGGCCACAACCCCUCACACAGUGGCUGAAGGACCCAGGCCCCCGCAGCGAGAAGCGGACUCUCUUAUGCGACAUGGCCUGCUUUCUGCUCAUAACACCGCUGGCAGCUAUCUCGGGCUGGCUGUGUCUGAGGGGUGCCCAAGACCACCUGCAGCUCAAGAGCAGACUCGAGGCUAUUGGCCUAAUCGCACUCACCAUCGCCCUCUUCACCAUCUACAUCCUCUGGACACUGGUUUCAUUUCGAUACCAUUGUCAGCUGUACUCUGAGUGGAGGAGGACCAAUCAGAAAGUGCGUCUCCUUAUGCCUGACAUGAAAGGCGCACUCACCACCCAAAGUUCUAUGACGACCAAGUCGACAAAGAAAAUGACUGAUGAGACCAUCGUAUGAGUGCAGCCCGGCGCCAAGGGGAAUAUUUAAAAUGACGCCAGCCCAAGCACUCGGAAAAAAAAUCCCACCCAAAAUCAAGAUAAUGAACCUUUGCACUUCAUCUGGACCAUCCUGAAAGUGGGAGGGACUACUUUCUCCCACUUUUGUCUUUGUAUCGAAGCACUUGAUGUAAACUACAGUAUUGGCGAGCCACAAAUGUGGUUUGAGGAUGGUACCAGAGUCACCAUUGACGUCUUGUCCGGACCGCCGGUGCUGAGAUGUCGACGUCAGAAAUACAGAAAUGAAGAUGGACUAACCAGCCUGGCCUUAAGUCUCGGACAAAGGUAUCAAAUACUAAGACACGAGCUAAUGUAGCAGGAUAUAACAACAGCAUGCUACGACAGUAUAUGAAACAUAGUCACUACCUAUAAUUCCCCACAUGCACCUUCACAAUGUUGUAUUUACCUGUUUUUGAAAGAGGGGCAACCUUUAGCUUGGCAAUUAAUGCUACCAACCUGACACUGCAGUUGGCACAAUUCUUCACAGCGUGCUGAGUUCUAAACUGUUAGUCGAUAAUAUAUGCCCUGUAUUAGACGUUUGCGGAAUGGGUGGAAGGGUCCGUCUCGCGAAUUGUAUUUUUACUCCCCAGUUGAACCUUAAUGUGUUCCAGUUACAGUAUGUGUUGAUUCUUGCUAUGUGUUAAAAAA